AGGAAAGGCCCAACAAAAACGUGCCGCAUCCCAGCACGCUGACACAACAUUAUCAAGUCAAAAUCCCUUCGAUCAACGUCUUUUCCAAGGGGUAUUGAUGAACGCGCCCUGCUUCGAACCGUCAGCAUCACAACCCUAGCAACAUGGCCACUACCGGUACCACCACGGGCCGGGACGCUCCUCACUCUACAACCCAAUAUCGGAAUCGCAAGGAGACUACAUCGGCAGACAGUUUGAAAGAGGCGGUUCAAAUUGUGGAACACAAGAUUGAGCAAGCAGCGUUACUGAUCUGGGAUCAACUCCCAACAUGGCGUCGUGAUAACCAGUUCAUAAUCUCAGGCUACCGUGCCGACAGCAACAGUUAUCGCUCCUCGUUCGCUUCUGUGCUCGCCGUCCACAACGAAUCCGUCAACAUCUGGACUCACGUCUUUGGCGCCACUGCCUUCCUGUUCGGCAGCGUUUGGUUGUUCCAGGUCGUUGCUCGCCGGUAUGAAACCGCCAGCAGCUCGGAUGUUCUCGUCUUCUCCUGUUUCUUCACAGGGGCGGUCUUGUGUCUGGGGAUGAGCGCCACAUACCAUACCAUAUCGAACCAUUCGCAGGAUGUGGCCAAAUGGGGCAACAAGCUCGACUACUCCGGCAUCGUCCUGCUCAUCGUUGGCAGCUAUGUGCCAGCCCUUUACUAUGGCUUAUUCUGCCACCCAGGGCUCAUGACCAUUUACCUGGGCGGAAUCUUCCUGCUGGGUCUGGCAUGUGGUGUAGUAUCCUGGGUUGAGAGCUUCCGGACCCCAGCCUGGAGGCCGUACCGUGCCGGCAUCUUCGUCGGUCUUGGUGCCUCAGGAGUUGUCCCGGUCUGUCAUGCACUUGGCAUGUACGGUUACCGCCAGUUGGACGAACAGAUGGGGCUGAGCUGGGUACUUUUGCAAGGAGGCCUCUACAUCUUCGGGGCAUUUCUCUAUGCUGCGCGAUGGCCAGAACGGAAUUUCCCUGGCAAAUUCGACAUAUGGGGCAGCUCGCAUCAGUUGUUCCACAUCCUCAUAGUGUUUGCGGCCGCGUCGCAUCUGACGGGCAUGAUCAAGGCCUUUGACCACCACCAUGCAGUCAUGGGAUCACAAUGUCCGCUAUAGACAUGCUGAGAUCUGCCUAAGGAAGGAUUCGCCAUGCAUCAUCAACCCCAUCGUUGGCUCCGUUGUGGGCACAAUUAGUACAAAUCUCACAACGUACCUGCAAAUUGAGCAUCACACUGUAUUUCUGAUUGUGCCCAAAUGUGCAAUUGGUCCCUUGAGUUUGACAGAUGGUCGGGGCUUGUAAGGCACCUGCGCGACUGGUGUCUUGUUGUAGCUUGUCUCUGGUGGUCUGGGGAGGAACAAAU